AGCUUUUCCAGCGCCAGCACAGACGACGUCAGCGAAUCGGAGCGGGAAGCCCCCCGAGCCACCACCCCGCGGGCUGACUGUCUGCGCGACACAGCACCUGCGCGCGGCGAUGAGGCCACGACCAUGCCGCCGACAGGACACACACGCGCGCGGCCAUGAGCAACGCACUCGCCGAGUACCUGUCUGCGCUGGACGCCCGCGACGCGCGCGAGCGGGCGCACGAGGCGUACAUCCACGCCUACACCAAGCUGGCCGACCGCACGGCAGCACAGGCGCGCCCAACGGCCGCCGACGACGACGACGACGGGCCUGCCCGCGACUCCACCAAGGCCAGCGACUCCACCAAGACCAUCAAGGCGGCCAGCAGGGGCAAGAGCUCGCCCGCGCCGCCCGACGCCGCAGCACUCACGCAGCUGCGCGCCGAACUCGCAGCCACGCAGAAGACGCGGGCCGGGCUGGAGGCCGAGCUGAGCACCGUCGCGGCGACGCUUGCGGGGCUGCAGGCGGCGGACGCGCAGCAGAAGCAGCGCAUCAGCCAGCUCGAGAAGCACCGGGCGCAUCUCGAGCGGCGCGGCAAGGACAAGCAGGAGGAGCUGAAGGGCAAGGGCCGGUUUGUCGAGGAGAUCCAGGACGAGAUGGUGGCCAUGAACCUGCAGCUCAACAUGACGGAGCAGGAGAACGCGCGGCUGAAGACGGAGAACGAGGAGCUGACGCGGCGGUGGGUGAGCAAGAUGGAGGACGAGGCGCGGCGGAUGAACGCGCAGAUGGGGUGGGAGGGGCAGUGAGCAUGUACGGGGCUAUGCGUGGGUGCAGCAUGGUGUAUGUGUGUGUUUGUGUGUAAUGUGUGGUGUUUGUGUGUAAUGUGUGGUGUUUGUGUGUAAUGUGUGGUGUUUGUGUG